AUGGCUACAAUCCGGUCUCUCGGACUCCACGAACCCGCAGCCCUUCACUUCCUCGUCGCAGAGGAACUCUUACCCCCGGAGCCUUCGGAAGAUCUGUACGAGUGGACGACUACGGUGGAAGAAGGUUCAAAUGGCCCCGUCGAAGAUGAGAUUGUGUGGACAAAGAGUUGCGUGGUCUGGUCCCGCGCUGGAGUUGUGAAGCGAGUGUUUCGGCUGGAUCUCGAACAGGAGGAAAUUCGGCAUGCCUUGUUGACAGACUUCUCUGUUGGUAAGAUCAAACGAUCAGACAGCAGUCUGCAAGGUGCAGGGAAUGGUCGAUUCCAAACGAACAAUGAUCCGAAUCGGAGUCGCCAUCAGACAGUGCAAGCAGAGGCUAAACUCGCAGUCUCCGGGAUAAACCUGAGUGCACGAAGCCGAGAUACAGGAAGCGACGCUCCUUUGGACUCGAAGGAUAGCGAGUCCCGCGCGCUGGUCGUGGUCCUCAAAUCGCAGGUGCAUAUUUUCUUCCUAGCGGGCAACAGCCACGUCGUACCUCUACCAUUCGAGGUCGAGUCAGUCUUUGCGACACCCCGGGGAUUAUUGUUCCAGAGAAAGACACAGGAAGAGACCUUACUGGAUAGCAGUCAGUAUCCAAUGGCACCGCCCAAUUCGUUCAUGGAUUUCCGCGCCUCUCAGUCAUUGGAAAUCCCCUCUAGCGGCAAAGGAAAACGACCAUCGUUGACUAUCUCCCCCGCUCAAAAUAACGGAUCGAAACCAAAUAAACAAGCCGAUCUCCCCCGCGUCUUCUCGCUCAUGGAUCCUCAUUCGGAGAUGGGACUGGUGGUUACCAACCAGAGCUCUCGAUGGUUGCAGACUAGUGUCACCAGCAGGCCCUCUGGGUUGGAUGUCCUGGAUCCAGCGGAUGAGAUAGUAUAUGUUUCCGCACGGGAUGAACUGUUGCCAUCGGCUUCAAGUCUCUCCAAAGUUCCUCUGAUCCUCGUGGUCACCGCCAACGCCAACACGGGCCUGUAUACCAUAUGGACUGCACGAUAUAGGGAAGAUGAAACUGGCCCCUCCUCGAAAAAGCGACGCCGUGAGACUGGUGGGAUCAGGUCCAAGCGACGAAGCUCCCAUUUCGGGAUGGCGACAGGCGCGACAACUCCAGGUGCUCGGCCGUCCGCUGCACGAGAAAGCUUUGGGCCUCGUGCGGAAAACUGGAGUAACUCCCUUAUGUCUCAUUCGCAAUACUCCACCGAGGGAAAGCCGGAUGAAGAUGACUUUGCCUCAAAGUUAAGCCAGGACUUCGAUAUCGGGGCUCCACUCAAAUCUUCUCGACGCGUGAGUUCUCUGCUUGCGCGAGCGGAUCUCGCCACCGGUCAGGAUAGAAUCACCUUUUCAGAUCUGGCGACUGGCAGUCAGUCAAAUUCUAUUCCUCACGGAAGUCUGCGGCAAUCAAUAGGUGCUGGUAGCACGCGCGGUAGCUUUGGUUUCAAUCCUCGAGGUUCCCUGCCUCCUGGAACUGGUUCCGUCUACAGUACUACGAGCAGCUUUGUGGAUGCCCCGGUCGAUAGACUUCUCGAGGAGCUGAAUAAUGAAAGUUUAUUCGAGGGCUUUGAACAUAUGGACCUCAAGGAAUCAGGGUCUGGGCUUCCGGAGGAAGUAUUGCUGUCCAAGGUCGAGAGCUUUCCUUCGAGAUUCUCUGGGACAUUCCAAACCCCUGUGAAGCCUUCAAGGGCUUCGCGAAGAGUCAAAAUCGUUACCUUGUGCCCUCCUGCGUGUGGAAGCGCCCAAAACGGCAACUCAGCUCCCCUGGCUGUCUGUGUUGUCGACCAGGAUGCGAAGUCGAUGACUGUGGUGAACCUGCGCGCAGACAAGGUUACGCUCCCCAAGAAAGAUGCCGUGUUCUCGAAGAAGUCUAAAAAGAACUCGUCCUCUGAUGAGCGCUCUUUGUUGGUUCAGGCCACCGGUAUACAGCAUUUUCCUGGCAUCUGGGAUGCCUGUAAAGUGGUGGAUGGGGAUAUCUCCCGGAUUAUGACAUUGACCACCGCCGACAAUGGCCAACAUGAAUUACAUCUGCAGACCCCGUGGACCGAUCCAAUUCUCAUAGACAUCCCCAAAAAGCUCAUGCUCUAUGAGAAGUACGGGGUGUCAUCUGCUUCAUCCGUCAACCGUCCAAGAGAGAGCGGCGUGAACCGAAUCAUGACUGAUUCAUCUAUUGUCAUUGCCGGUCUAGACCAUCCAACUGUUCGAGGCAGAGUUGACGUUGUCGACUCGACCAACAGAAGGCACAGGCUUCAGAUACAGAUGGAACCCAGCAACGAGCUUGUGAAGAAGGUACUGAAGGUCUGCCGUUUUGUUCUGCCAGAUUCAGAGAAAGCCGGCGACGGUAUCUUGACAGCUUGGUGGGAUACGGUGAAAUGGCUUCGUGGAAGAGAAUUAAAUGCAAUUGACGACCUUGAAUGGACAGCAAUGGUCAUUAUACUGUUCUCGAUGGCAAUACCCUUUAUUGAGAGUGACCAAGCCCAAACACCUGCCAAACAGACACGGAGAAAGAAAGGCUUAUUGAGAUCCAGCAGCGGGAGCCACGUGGACCUCGAAAGCUGGGAAGCGAUGCUAGAUCAAGAGUCUGGCGCCGCCGGAGUUGUGCCUUCUUGGAUGGCAAAUACUUCGUGGGGAUGGGUUGUGGAACAAGAUGCUGAAGAAUUUACCGGCUCGAACACCCGGAAGAAGUCAUCAGCAGCAGACGAUUCCGGCGCAAGACGAUCUACGUACCGCAAGAACCACUAUUUAUCUCGCUGUGCUGCAUUGACUAGAGAACUCCUGCAGGCUCCCGAGGGCAGUUCGAUGAUAGGGCCAAAGGGGCAUCUGCCCACGGCGCCGUCCUACAGCCAAAGUCUGCGUCGUACCGCUCUAUGCACAAUUCUGGUUGGGCUGCAUCUUUUACGUGAAGAGCAGAAGCUCUCUAUUUGUGAAAAUGAACAGUCACACAGGUCUUUAGGCCUUCUAGCUCCUGUGUUAGCCCAGCUUGGUGGUUGGCUCGGCUGGGAAUCUUGGUCAUGGACUGAAGGCGCCUACUACAGCAUGGAGUUUGCCAGCAUCGAUCGUUGGCAGUUUGAAGAUACCCGGAUCUCCAUGCUAGACCAUCCUCAUGAACCCUUUGCCCCUCCCUCGAUAUUCUCCUACCUGGAGACGGCAUGGUCCCAGCCGUCAUCUCCGUUUUUCAACAUCCUCAAUCUGAUCACUGGUUCGGACCGUACUCCUCGAAAGGGACGACUUUGGCAGGAAUCCUUCGGUCUAACGCCGCGAACAUUGGCAUUGGAUGGUUUCCUCUCGGAAGUACACAACGCUUCGACAUCUCUUGACCGAGUAAAACUUCUUCACCGCUGGGGUUUCAGUCGAAGCAUCAUAGAAACCUUCCCUGAGGGAGUUAGCGCACCAUUAUACGAGCUUGUCAUGCAGUCCCAGAUGCAUGCGUCGACAUCAUGGAGUUCGACUCUUCUAGAGCUCAUCGACCGCGAAGACUUGAGCGUGUCAAUGCACACUACAACUAUAUCACCACCGCCCGCGCCAUUGCAACUGGCAGCGUCGCAUGAUGCAAUGCGGGACUUCCAUCACAUUGGCGCCUCCGCGCUAGACAUUGACGCCAUUAACUCCUUCGAAGCUUCUGCUGAGGCUGAUCGAUUCUCUGUAACCAGACUUAUUUUCCGAGAAGACAAGCGCUUCAUCGAAGCUGCUAGGCUACUGAAUCAGUCCAAGCCUCCUGCAGCAGAGUGUGUCCCGGAGCCAGAAUGGAGUGACUCGGACUUGCUCGAAGCACAGAAAGAAGUGGUACAGCUCGUGACGUUGCGGACAUUGUCUAUCCCGACCGGACGUGCUAUGCUCUCGUUUAGCGGCCGACUACCCCUGCUGACGGAGAAACUCCCGAUUCCGUCCUUCUCCUUGCAGUGUGUCAUGAAACCAUCCAAUGUCACUAUCAGUGCCGAUCGAGCGUCCUUCAGCGAGGAGAAAGUGUGCUGGGCAUUUUUCCACAAUGGCGUUUCCACGGGUCUCGCGAUAUCGAAGAACUCGAAGGGCAUUGACACUUCGUGGAUUCUUUUCAACAAACCGCAAGAACUAACCAACCGUCAUGCGGGCUUUUUGUUGGCGUUGGGUCUCAAUGGACACCUCAAGUCGCUCGCAAAGUGGGUUGCUUUCAAAUACCUGACGCCCAAACAUACAAUGACGUCUAUCGGACUGCUGCUCGGGUUGUCUGCCUCUUAUCUGGGUACGAUGGACACACUGAUCACCCGACUGCUAUCCGUCCACGUAACGAGAAUGCUCCCGCUUGGUGCAGCUGAACUGAACCUAUCCCCUCUGACCCAAACAGCCGGUAUUAUGGGAAUAGGGCUGCUGUAUUGCGGCUCGCAGCACCGCCGAAUGAGCGAAGUGAUGCUGUCGGAGAUCGAGAAUGUGGAACAAGAGGAAAGUUCGGCAUCGCAUGAAAGCCUACGGGAUGAAGGCUACCGACUGGCAGCUGGUCUGUCCCUUGGGUUUAUCAACCUCGCAAAGGGCAAGGACCUGAAAGGCAUGCGGGACAUGCAUAUCGUGGAACGAUUGCUGGCCGUGGCUGUCGGCACCAAGAACGUUGAUCUAGCCCAUGUUCUGGACCGCGCCACAGCCGGGGCGACGAUUGCUCUAGCAAUCAUCUUUAUGAAGACCAAUGAUGAGAUACUGGCGCAGAAGAUCGAUAUCCCCGACACGACUGUGCGCUUCGACUACGUCAGGCCUGACCUUUUCCUCCUCCGUACGCUCGCCAGACAUGUCAUUAUGUGGGAUAGCAUUCGUCCCAACGACAAAUGGUUUAUCCGCAGUCUCCCCAAGAUCUACCGUCGCCGGUACCGCUUGACCGGAGUUCGCCGACUGAGAAGCGAGGACAUGCCUUUCUUCAACAUCAUCGCAGGUCUCUGCUUUUCCCUAGGACUGCGCUAUGCGGGCUCUGCAGAGCCUACCGUUCGUGACCUACUGUUAUCCUAUUUGGACCAGUUCAUCCGCAUCUGCCGGCUCCCCGCGGUCAAUUAUGACGGAAAGCUUGCGCGCAACUCGGUACGACACUGCCAGGACAUUGUUGCCCUGUCCGCCGCAACAGUCAUGGCUGGAACCGGAGAUCUAGCACUGUUUAGACGACUGCGCUCCCUUCAUGGACGAGUGGAUGCCGAGACACCAUAUGGCAGUCACAUGGCAGCCCACAUGGCCAUCGGCUUGCUCUUCCUCGGGGGAGGAAGUUACACGCUGGGCACAUCGGAUCUGGCCAUUGCCUCCCUCAUCUGCUCUCUGUACCCGAUCUUCCCGACGACCGUACUGGACAACAAAUGCCACUUGCAAGCAUUCCGCCAUUUGUGGGUGCUCGCCGCCGAGCCUCGCUGUCUGGUCCCGCGAGACAUCGACACGCGCCGGCCCGUCUCCAUCCCAAUCACAGUGAACAGCACGGACGGUGAAGCGCGCACCAUCACGGCACCCUGCCUCCUGCCCGACCUGACCAACGUUACCAAGCUGGAGGUCCGCAGCCCCGACUACUGGCCCCUCAUUCUCGACUUCGCCCGUGAUCCCGCGCUCCGCGACAAAUUCCACCACGGCGACCAGUCCGUCUACCUCCGCCGGAAGGCCACCUACAACCCGGCCGGCUCCUCCGUCUUCGCGUCGACGCUCUCUGGUCUCAGCGACGCGCAAGACGUCCUUCCCUCGUCGACCACCACCUCGACCCACGGCAAGGGCCUGCCGCCCGCCGCAUGGCCCAGCCUCGCCACCCUCCUCUCCGGCACCGCCUCCAGCCGGCGCCCCGCGACGCCCUCCCAGAGCAUGUGGGACUGGAUCUUCAAUCUUGCGUCCCUGCAGGAACUCGACGUCCACGAGAAGGCGCUCGUGCUGCCCGCGACCCUCCCCGGGCGCGCCGCGCGCGCGCACAACCCCAGCGCCGUGUCCUACGCGCCGUGGCUGCGCCAGUCCGCCGUCGACAGCAAGCUGGUCAUCGAGCGUACGGUGCAGAACGUGAUCGCAGCGGCGCGCAGCCGUGGCUCCGACGACGCCGACGAGGUCCGCGAUCGGCUCUGGCAGUUGCGGCUGCUGUUUAGCUGGUUGGACAGUCAGGUCGAGCAGCCCGGGUGGACGGCGGAAGACGAGGUGCACGACGAACCGCACGUGGGAACGACGCCGGACGGACUGUGGUUGCGUCGGGACUUUGUGGAGGAGUCGCGGUGGAAGGUUUGGGCGUCAAGCUGGAUGCUGUUUCUGCUGCGAGGCGCGGGACCGGCUCCCCGCUCCGGACGCCUGAUCCCCAUCGGCUUCGGCCAACAUGCCGGCCACGACAUUCUCAUGCUCAAUGACGGACCACAGCCCCUCGACGAGGGUGCUGCCGCGCUCGCCGAACUGCCCCUUCCCCAGGCGGAAGAGGAUGCGGCCGAGGACCUGCCAGGCGAUGCAGCGCUGGGCAGGGAACGAGGAGCGGCUGAGGAUGGCCAGCUCAGGGAUGGUGUAGCCGGCGGCGUGGGGGUCUUUGCCAUGGUGGUGCAGGCCGAGGGAGGUCGGGAGGGCGAGCGAGGUAGUGUUGGUGCGGGUGGUGACGGUGGUGAGGGUUCCGGGCGAGAGGAUGCAGCCGACUGUGACGGAGGAUGA